CCCUUUACAUAUCACAUGAUCCACUCCAGGGGAACUCACAGCCCUGGAUGCAUUUCAGAGAGAGAGAGAGGUGAGUAGUUAUGUAGCAUGCAUAUAUAUAGUAGCAGAGAGGAGAAAAUUAAAGAAAUCUGAUGCAAGUUGUUGAUAGUUUUGGUUAAUUUUGAGAGUUGAAAGACUCUUGAGAGAUAGUCCAAACUGUUGAACAGAACCAGGAAGAUAUUGUAACAGCCGAUGGUAAAAUCAUAAACUUUUUAUUACAGGUUAGACAACAACUUCAAGAAUUUAUGAGCCAUCAUCAGCUUUACUGUGUCUGCAUUAAAUUCACACCUCAUCUGCUUAUUUCGUAGGUUUCUAUGGUAGCACUGGAGUUCAAAAAUUGAAUCUUGAUAGCUUCUUUCAGUUUUGAAGAUGAAGUGUUUUCAUCAUUUCAAGGAUAGAGUUAAAAGCAGGGUACAGAAAUCAGCACCAAUUUUGAAAAACCAGAACAAAUCAGAUACAUCAGAAGCUGAGAGAGUAACAAAGUCUUCUGGUUCAGGUUCUCUGCCACGUACUAUUCCUGAAAUAUACGAAGAGAAAGCUCAGAAUUUGAGGGUGUUCACGUUUGCGGAGCUAAGGCAAGCAACAAGUAACUUCAGUAGAUUACUUAAGAUUGGCGAAGGCGGUUUUGGAUGUGUGUACAAGGGAACCAUCAAGCCUGUUGAUGGCAAGGGUGAACCUUCGGUGGUUGCUAUCAAGAAACUCAACAGAGACGGCUAUCAGGGUCACAAGCAAUGGGUAGCAGAAGUGCAGUUUCUUGGUGUGGUGGAGCAUUCCAAUCUUGUCAAGCUUAUCGGAUACUGUGCUAUGGAUGGAGAGAGAGGUAUACAGAGGCUACUAGUGUAUGAAUACAUGCCUAACAAAAGCCUGGAAGAUCAUCUUUUCAACAAGGCUCAUUCUGCUCUAUCCUGGGAUCGGAGACUGCAGAUAAUGCUUGGGGCGGCACAGGGAUUGGCUUAUCUCCAUGAAGAAUUAGAAAUCCAGGUUAUAUAUCGGGAUUUCAAGUCAUCGAAUGUGCUGUUGGAUGAGGAGUUCAAGCCAAAGCUUUCGGACUUUGGGCUUGCGAGGGAGGGGCCAACGCCCGGUCAUACUCAUGUUUCUACUGCGGUUGUUGGAACAUAUGGAUAUGCAGCCCCAGAUUACAUAGAGACAGGACAUCUUACCUCAAAGAGUGAUGUCUGGAGCUUCGGAGUUGUGUUGUAUGAGAUCUUGACGGGCAGACGAUCCCUGGAAAGGGACCGACCCAGGUCUGAGCAGAAAAUGCUGGACUGGGUGAAACAGUAUCCUGCUGAUAGCCGGAAAUUUGGCAUGAUCAUGGAUCCGAGACUUGAGAAUCAGUACUCACUCAGUGCAGCCCGUAAAAUUGCCAAAUUAGCCGAUAGUUGUUUGGUAAAAAGUGCAAAAGACCGACCAAAGAUGAGCAAGGUGGUGGAGAGCUUGAAGCAAAUAGUUCAGGUUGAGAAUGCUGAAAGCCCUCCCACAAAGUAUUUGGAGGAUGCUGAAGAUAACGCAGUGGAGGAGAAGCCUGUGAAAGAGAAGGGGGCAUCAGAAUCAGCCAAGAGGAGAAUCGCACAUUUGGCUAAAAUAAGUGAGAAUCUGGGGGGAGUGAGUGGAAGGAGGUUUAUGAUCAUGCAGAGGGCCAAAGUGACAUAAAUCAAAUUUCUGUUUGUUGGAAAUGCCUAAGACUUUACGGGGCUGUCGAAGAACGUAGCAGGUUGAAAGCAUGUGUUGGAACUUAUUUGUGACAGAUUUUGAGUUGUCAGCUUAAAAGCUAGUACACUGAUAUAAUCUAGUAGAGAACUGUCUGAAGGAAUGAAUCGUAGACUUCUGCUAAUUGAGAAGGUAUGCAGAAGGAGAAGAAUUGAACUGCCAAGUUAAUAUAUUAUCACAUGGUUCAUCUUGGGAGUAUUUUUCCCCCUACUGGAAAAUUCUCAUCCAGUCUUGAUUUCUACUUUCAUCCAAUUAAUUGUGCGGCAGUGUUAUUUUA